AUGUCUUCAAUGUUUAAAUAUAAACCUGGACAACUAUGGGAGAUGAUUCAAAAGGUAUCAGAGAGAGCUACACAGAUCAGUGCGAUUGAAAAGAUUGAAUCCUCACCUCUUUUCAUUGAAGAGGGUGGUGUAAAUUUUAUGGUUAGUGUUGCUACUGCACUUGCAAAGAGACCAUUCAAUUUCGAUAAAACAACAUCGACAACAUCGUCUAAUGGUACAACACCACAAAGUAAUAAUAAUAAUAAUAAAUCGACAAAUGAUAUAUGCAAUGAUAAUAGUAAUAAUAAUAGCAAUAAUCAACAACAACAACAAGUAGUUAUAAAGAAGAAGGAAUUCAUCGAUCCAUUCUUACCUUGUGAUAAAGAUCUCUUUGUCUGUGAGUUACAUGAAUCACAUAACCUUGUAUUAAACAAAUUCAAUGUAUCGAAUCAUCAUUCGAUCAUUGCUACCAAAGACUUUCAAGAACAGACCGAUCCGCUAAAUAGAAAUGAUUUUAAAGCAAUAUGGGAAUGUAUAGUUUCAUGUAAUAUGUUAUGUUUCUUUAAUUGUGGAUCUAAUAGUGGUGCAAGUCAACCUCAUAAACAUUUUCAAUUACUUAGAUUACCAUAUUUCGAGAGUGACAGUAAUAUAAAUUGUCCAAUGGAAUCACUUUUUAGAAAAUAUAUAAAUAACAACAAUCAUAAUAACAGUAAAAACAGUAGUGAAAUCAUCGAUAUACCAACAUUACAAUUUAAGAAUGCAUUCAUUCCACUCGAUCAAAACAAGAUAAAAGCACUUAAUCUCGAAGAACUCUCACAAUAUUUAGAAUCUGAAUAUCUUUCAUUAAUGAAUCAUUUAGAUUUAAUCAAUCAUAAUAGUAAUAAUAAUAAUAAUAAUAAUAAUAAUAAUAAUAAUAAUGGAUGUCAACAACAAAAAAGUUAUAACUUUAUAAUGACACCGGAAUGGAUGUUUAUGGUACCAAGAAAAAUAUAUCACUCCAAGGGUAUCUCUAUAAACUCUGUCGGUUAUACAGGUUCGAUUUUAGUAAAGAAAGAAGAGGAGUUGGAAACUAUCAAACAAUACGGUAUAAUGAAUAUUCUAAGAGAUGUAUCAUUCACCAAAACACAAUAA